AUGCUACGAAUCCCCAAGAAAGAAGGGACAGUCAAGGACAUAUCCGAUAAGCCUAUGGAUGAGCCCGAGGAGCUGCCGCCGCGUUUUGCUGCGUUGAAAAGAGACAUCUGUACGAAUCCGGCAGCAAUGGAGAAGACAUGGCGCAGUGUGUUGAAGGAGCUCGAGGGCGCCGUUGCGGAGAUCGAGCAGAAAGGAGCAGAUGUCAUCCCACAGGUCGCCUACUCGGACAUUGUACGUGGCCUGUCCGAUGAGCAAAUCAAGGACAUCAAGCACCGCGGCGUGGUAAUUGUCAAGGGCGGAGUUCCUUGCGAUGAGGCAUUAGUGUGGAAGGAGUCUAUCACAGAUUACAUCGCGAGGAACAAGGAGCACGUCACAGGUACUCCCCCCGAAAAGAUAGUCUUUUACGAGCUGUACAACUCGCUCGCACAAGUCCGCGCACGGACGCAUCCCGCGCUGCUCGGCACGCAGAAAGCGCUCCUUUCCCUCUGGCACGCUUCUCCGCCUCCCAUCCCCUCGCUCGCACAUACCGUCAGCCUUCGCACGCCAAUCUCGUACUUCGACCGUCUGCGUAUGCGACCGCCAGGCCCGUCCGUGUUCACGCUCGGCCCGCACAUCGACGGGGGCGGGAUCGAGCGCUGGGAAGACCCGGGCUUCCGCGCGUGUUUUCGCGCGAUACUCGCAGACGCAGACGGCGAAGGAUGGCGCACGCACGAUCCGUUUGACGCGAGCCCACGGCUGGGUGCGCGACAGGACCUGUACAACGCUGCGAAUCAAUGCACCGUCUUCCGUCCCUGGCAGGGCUGGACGGCGCUCUCGACCGCAUCGCAGAACGAGGGCACGUUGCGGGUGCUUCCGUUGCUCUCGCUGGCGACCGCGUACAUCAUGCUCCGGCCGUUCUUCCGCCCAGCCACUUCCUCGGCGGAUGAAUGGGAGCUCGACCUAACGAGCAGCGCGUUCCCUGGCAGCCGCCCGGGAAGAACGCAGUAUCUGAGCGGCGUGACGCACCCACAUCUGAAGCUUGCGAAGACGAUCGUGAGCAUCCCAAAGGUUGAACCCGGAGAUCAAGUCUACUGGCACUGCGACCUUGUUCACGCAGUUGAGAACGAGCACAACGGCAGGGAGGAUUCUUCCGUGAUAUACAUACCUGCCACACCUCUCACAGAGUACAACGCCAGAUACCUCCGCACUCAACGUGAGACUUUCCUCGCUGGCCUUCCCGCCCCGGAUUUCCCCAUCGGCGAAGGCGAGUCGCGCUUUGUCGGGCGCGCGGGGACGGGGGACGUCCGCUCCAUGGGUCUGGAUGCCCGCCGAGUGCUUGGCUUCGCCCCAUUCGAAGUACCCACAGAUGCAGACGCGAGCGAGACGGCACUGAUAGAGCGCGCGAACGAAAUUCUUGCGGCCGACGCGGACGCCGCGAAAUGA